AUUGCUUGAUCCUCACCAAAACCCAAAAUGGGAUUCUCCAAUGUCUUAACAACAUUAGUUGUUUGUUUCAUUACCUUUGCUAUAUUUCACUCAUCACAAGCUCAAGAUUCUCCCCAAGAUUAUCUUAACGCUCACAAUGCAGCACGUAGACGAGUUGGUGUCGGCCCUAUGAAAUGGGACAAUAGGGUAGCAGCCUUUGCCCAAAAUUAUGCCAAUAAAAGAAUUGGGGACUGCAGGAUGCAGCACUCCGGUGGUCCCUACGGCGAAAACCUAGCCGCCGCCUUCCCUCAGCUCCAUGCAGCAGGUGCCGUGAAGAUGUGGGUCGAUGAGAAGCAAUGGUACAAUUAUAAUUCGAAUACUUGUCAAGCCGGUAAAGUAUGCGGACACUAUACUCAGGUGGUCUGGCGUAAUUCAGUACGUCUUGGUUGUGCUAGGGUUCGGUGCAACAACGGGUGGUAUUUUAUAACUUGCAAUUAUGAUCCACCAGGUAACUGGAGAGGACAACGUCCUUACGGUGAUCUUGAAGAACAGCCGGCCUUCGACUCUAAGUUGGAACUUCCAACUGAUGUCUGAUCAUGAGUGUACAUGGUCAUGAAUAAAUUAAGCUUCAUGUGUUAAGGAAAAUAAAUCCGGCAGUACUAUGCUAUGUGAUGUUAUCUAACCCAGUGGAUAAUAAUCUAAUGGUGUAGUAGCCGGAGAAUAUAUGGAAAUAUGGAUCUAAAUUGAUAUCCAUAUGUAUAUGGAUCGUUUUAAAUAAUUGCUUGUCGGUUUAUUUUUAUUGUCUUUUUUUACAGAUUGGUAAUAUGGGGUGUGUACCAGCUGUUUGAUUGAAUAGAUAUAUAAAAUAUGUAAAGAUGA